CGGCUGAGUUUCCUGAGCGGGGCGGGAAGCGGAGGGAGGGGAAGGGAAAGGGAAGAAGGGAAAGGAAAGGAAGGGCGAGCUCCAGCCGUCGGGACGGGCCGGGAGAGCGGCUGGAAGAGGCGAACAGGACCCCAGAGCGGCCCGGCUCCUCACAGGGCUCCAUGUGAUGUUCUGGGUCAGAAAUGCCUUAUGUGGAUCGUCAGAAUCGCAUUUGUGGUUUCCUUGACAUUGAAGAAAAUGAGAAUAGCGGGAAGUUUCUGCGGCGGUACUUCAUUCUGGACACGAGAGAAGACAGUCUGGUCUGGUACAUGGAUAACCCCCAGAAUCUUCCCUCUGGAUCUCCACCUGUUGGAGUCAUUAAACUUACCUAUAUUUCAAAGGUUAGCGAUGCAACUAAGCUAAGGCCAAAGGCAGAGUUCUGUUUUGUUAUGAAUGCAGGGAUGAGAAAAUAUUUUCUACAAGCCAAUGAUCAGCAAGACCUGGUAGAAUGGGUAAAUGUUCUGAACAAAGCUACCAAAAUCACAGUACCAAAGCAGUCUGAUCCUCUGUGUCAAAUGGAUAAUGCAAACCGUCAAGCUGAAAGCCCAGGUGGAAAGAAGCAAGUGUCUUACAGGACAGAAAUUGUCGGUGGUGUUCCUAUCAUUACACCUACCCAGAAAGAAGAAGUCAACGAGUGCAGUGAAGGAGGUGAUAGGAGCUACCUGAAACGAUCGCAAAGUCACCUUCCUUAUUUUACUGCUAAACAUCCCCCAGAUAAUGCUAUUAUCAAAGCUGGCUACUGUGUAAAACAAGGAGCAGUGAUGAAGAACUGGAAAAGAAGAUACUUUCAGUUGGAUGAAAACACAAUAGGAUAUUUUAAGUCUGAACUGGAGAAGGAACCUCUAAGAGUUAUACCACUUAAAGAGGUCCAUAAAGUUCAGGAAUGCAAACAAAGUGAUAUAAUGAUGAGAGACAAUCUCUUUGAAAUUGUAACUACUUCUCGAACCUUUUAUGUACAGGCGGACAGUCCAGAAGACAUGCACAGUUGGAUAAAAGCAAUUUCUGGGGCCAUUGUAGCACAGCGGGGACCUGGAAGAUCAGCAGCUUCCGUUACUCUAAUCUUAGCUUUGCACUGUGUUCCAGAUGCGGCAGGCCAGAAGGCUGUCGAAUCCUUGUAUACAGAGGAGCAUACCGAGUCUUCUUCCGAACCCAGCCAUGCUCUCCGUUCUGCCUUCCCAGCCCCAGCCACCUCACAUUCCACAGCCACUCACAACAGCCCUCUGGUCCCAAACCCUCACGCCAAAUACCCUGCCUUGGAGAAGCGAGGAUUUCACGAAUCUUUUACCAAGGCCAAGCCAGGGAGCUACAAGAUCCAGGCUGUCGCUCCAAGAGAAUCAGCUGCCAAAGUGACUGAACAGGGCCUCUCGGAACCCCAAAGCAAAAAUGGCACUCAGGAACAGGAUCCUGGCCUUGUGGAUCUGGAUGAUGCAAGCCUUCCAGUUAGCGAUGUGUAAUGAUGGAAGUGUUUGGAGAAUGAUCCAUUUGUUCGGUCCUCUAAUUUCCUUGCUCAGACUUUUAACCAAAGAAAAUUACAGGAAAUGAGAACAAAAAUAAAAACAAACACUGAUUUAUCUAUCUAAGUGUAUAUAUAUACACAUAUGUAUGUGUGUUUAUGUACACAUAUGUGUGUAUAUAUAUGUUUAUAUAUUGCCUUUCAGCUGAGGGUCAAAAAUGGACCUCCUGCAUUUUCUCAAAGCCUGACAGUAAAUCACCAGGGAGGGGCCAAACUGCACAAUUUACAAUGAAGUAAACAUAAGACAAAACCAAAAGCCUACCUUAAUAACCUGCAAAAGUACCAGCAACUUUUCAUUCCCAAUCCGGCAACCUAAAUUUACAGUUAAUACUGUGUUGUUAAAACCUUAUUGCCAAAAGAUGUGAUUACUUCAUUCUGAACUACAGUAAGAUGUUAUGCAUAUAUGAGAAUUGUUUCUCUCCAUGGCUUUUCAGAUAGCAGGAAAUACACAACGUGUUUCUUUGUUCCUUAGGAUCAACAGUGUCAACUGAAUUGUUAUCAGAAUAAGAAUUCUGGGCUCCCCUUGGAAUUCUAGUUAUGGUGCUGAAAAAAUUUCCACUAGAAUAAUAUUUUGAAUAGUCUAUUUUUGAUGCACUCCUAAAGGUGGGUUGUAACUUUUUGCACAUUUGGAUUUUAAUGGACUGCAUGUAACGUUGUCUUGGAGCGGGGGAGGAGGGAAAUUGGACUUAGUGAAUUUGGACACUUUGGACCUUUUGAACUAAGUAGGGUUUAUAUUGUGUUACACGAGGCUUUGCAGUAAUUAUUUUUAUGUCUAAAUGUAUCGUUCCAUUACUGUUUUGGGGAUGGUUUUCUUAUCAGUGCUUUGUGAGCAGUUGUUUCUGUGUUGGAUCAGUGGAAGACCUCCUCGUUUAGUUUUGUCCUUAUUGGUACUGAACUGUUCACAGUCAUGCAAUUGUGGCCUAUAACUUUUGGUUCACUAAUAAUCUUAAGUGCCUGUGUUUUUUCUCACGUUGUUGAAACACUUUCACGUUAGGUAUGUACACAAACCAUUCGCCAUGGCUUCGAACCUUGGGUUGAGAGUUGUUCUGAAUAGUGUUGUUUGAAACGGCUGUUUUAAAGUAGAAAUCUUAUGCUAGGGAUACCAGGGUUCUGGUAUGGAGUCUACUAGCUGUGCAAUAUAUGUUCUUGGGAAAGAGAAAAUGAGUAUUUGUCAUUUGUGUACACUGUGUUUUGGGGCUUCGGUGGUGCACAUGGGAAGAACCUUUACAUUUCAAGCAUUGGAUUAGAUUGAGUGUGUACUUCUCAACUGUUUGUUUUAAUCAGAACCCCACGAAUAUGUCAUGCUGCUGCUUACUGUGAUUCAGAUAGUCCAGCUCUGUGUUACUUUAUUGUCUACUCUGACCUAAGAUACAUAUCAUACCAGUCCAUCUUCUCUCUUGACUUCCAAACUGACUUCCUACCUGAGAGAUACGGAUGGCUUUACGGUGAUAAUUUGUUGAUCCAAGGAUGGAAUAAUUGGUGUCACGUAAGAGUGAAAUACAGUCUGAUUUCAGAACCUUAUGUCAGCACCUUCAUUGUUUUUAUCCAUAAGCUAACUAACCACAGUCUUAAGGCAGUGGUGUUUGUAUAUUACUGGUUUUCUUUGACUCUUUAGAUACAUGUGAAAACUAGCACGGACUUGGAAGCUUCUGUAAGUGUCUCAACUAGUAUUGUAGGUUUUAACUUCUUUAAAGACAAAACAAUAGCUCUUCAAAGGCUUAUUUUUUCACGAGUACAUUCGGUGUGGAAGGCACUCUGCAUUAAAGUAUUUUUACCGUAGUCUAACAUCUGAAAUCACUUGCUCUGGUACAGCUUUCACACUGCAUGUUCAUUUUACUCUAUUUUGGUAUUGGCAAUUUUACACAUCGGGUGGAGGUCAAGCAGCUCCAUUAUGGGACUUUUAAGAAUGGGGGGGAGGGGGGAGAAGUAACAGAAAGAACUACUGAUGUAGCUCAGUAGAAUAGGGAAAUAUUUGUGGUUGGUAAUUGUCAGGGUCUCCUAUUUAUCAGUACUUUUAUAAAUCUAUGAAAAUUGUUAAAUUAUUUUAGAAACAGUGCUGUAAAUAUGUCACGUUUAAAUUGUCAAUAAAUCACUUUGGGUAACUUAAAAGUAA